GAAAAAACACCACUUGUUACAGAUAACUCAAGUUUAAAAGAUGUUACAGAAGGUACUGUUCAUUAAGCUGUUGUUGGUGCAUUACGCAACACAGACUUCGUCAGAAAUUACUGCAGCCUGUGAUGAAGAUGUCCAACUGAAGUGUCCAAGUCUUGAAAGUGGCCUCACGGAUUUCCUCUCAGUGACAUGGUAUAAGUUCAACCAGAGUAAGCGUGGCAUUAUCAGGAGAGGUAAAAAUGAUAAGGUGCCGCAGAGCUACAACUUCCCUCGGCCGGCCAGUUUUGGAGAGAAACACAGUCUGCUGCUUACCAGAGUGACGCCUGAAGAUUCAGGCAACUACGAGUGUUCCAUCAGUGCAAAUGUAGGGGGCCAAAAUCAGUAUGACAAAGUCAUCCUGAACGUUAAUGUAUGUGCAACCCAGGCUGACCUGACAACAGUGACAAAUGUGCUGAACACGACUCACUACGACUCGCUCUGCCACAAACCAGCUGUGGACCUGCCCGUCAUGUGGACCAUUACGGGCUAUGUGGCAGUGGGCCUGGCCAAAAUCAUUUUAUCUAUAAUUAGCAUUUGGGUUAUUCGAGCUCUUCGUAUCCGGUCUUCAAGACAACGGCAGCGUAAGUGGUGAAGCUGACUGUCUGACCUUCAUGGAGAUCUUUGACGCAGACAAACAAAUCCUCUAAAUCACUUACAUAAUGAUUUUUUAUUUUUACAUUUCUUAUUUAUUGUAUUUUAUUUGCUUUCAAAGAUAUUUGUGUAUUUUUUCAGUAAAGUGUCCUUAGAUAACUAAAAUGUAUCCUGUGCUGAACCAACCCACUUGUUGCCUUUUUAUUAUUAGCAUUAAAUUGGUUGACUUAACCAGGAAAGUUGUAAACAGGAACAGACAUGAGAGGAUGUAGGGCUUUUUUUUUUUUUGAGAAACACAAACCACCAUGCACCACACAAUCACUGCUCCAGGUGUAAACACAGUGUUAACUCUAGUAGAGCUGACAUGUGAUAACAUUUGCCAACGGUUUAAAUUACAAAGUUCAGCUAAUUAUUUUGAAAUUAUUUUACUGUUAGUGCUAGGGUUGGAUGAUACCACAAAGUUUGGUUUCAAUACCAGGUCCAAGAUCACAGGUAUCAAUACUUUUUAUUGUUAAUAACAGCUAAAAUACUAUCAUAGGGGAGUGUGACCACCAAAUAAUUUGCCAAACAUGACCCAUUUCUUUAUGUUUUUCUGUGUUAA